GUUACGAGUUGUUUGCUACUCGGGACGAAAAUGACGGCGAAACGUGGAGGACAAAGGUGAAACAGGACCUCGUGAUGGUCGUUGGUGUUGGUGCGGCUGUCGCCCCAGCAACGCGCGAUACGAAAAUAAACGCCGCCGAACUCGACCACCAGGCCGUCGCGAGCACAUCUUCAACAUUGCAUCACUUCUGUUCUUCCGCUGCACGCCGUACGCUUUGGCUCUAAAGAUUUGGCGAUUUUGCAGUGUUGAUAGUGUGUUUACUCUCGCUUUCUUCGCCUGCACGAUCCCCGUGACUCCGACUCUCACCCUAUAUUCCUUGGUUGGAUAUCCGACGCCGAUCGCCGGUGCAUGAGCGCCUGAAAGCUAUCGAAGCCGCUGGCGGGCUCUGCAGUUAUGGACACGAGUUACCUGGCCCAGCAAGUUACGACCAUCAUCGGCCAGCUGCACGGCCUGUUUGAUGAUAUUGGUGUUCCUAGCCAUGAGAGGGAUUCCCGCGAGGCAGAGCUCUUCUCAGCUCUGUCUGAGACUCUCCAUAAUCAGCUCCGUCAUGUCACCAACGAGAAACACGAGAUGACAGAGGAGGCGCAUCGCUUGAUCAAGACCAUCAGGCAGAUGGAAACAUCUCUCGAAGAUAAGAAACCUAACGCUGGAUACGAGCUUGACGACAAGAACAUGAAGGUCACUUACCCUUUAACCCGCUGCCUUCAGACGCUCAAGGAGAAGUUCAACGCUGUCGGCAAACUUCAUCGAGAGCGCUUCGAGCAAGUGAGGAAACUUGCUGAGGCUCUCGAGUCUUAUGCCUCUCACCUGGAACCCUCCUUCGUCCAGGUCAAGCUCCCCCCAUCCGGGCCUAAUGCCACAAUAUCUACCUCUUUCGAUAUUUCACCGUCCUAUGUUGCGUCUCUGGACAAUGAGUUUACGCGUGUCUACGAGGAAUAUACACGGCGGAUCAACAAUGUACAAGCCCUGUGCCAAGAGAUCAUUCAGCUAUGGGCCGAGCUAGGGACGCCACAGGCGCAGACGGACAGCUCUAUCGUAAAGCAUGGGCGCGACGCACCGGAGCAGUUGGGAUUGCACAAGGAUGAUUUGGCGCAGCUGAAGUCGAAGAAGGAGCGUUUGAUCGAGGAGAAGCGCGGCCGGGAGCGUCGACUCAAGGAGCUUCACGCUACAAUCGAGGACCUUUGGGAACGCCUCGGGAUUGAAGAGCAUGAGCGAAAACAGUUCCUAAUGAGCAACCGUGGUUGCGGGCUCCGGACAAUCAACGAAUUCGAGGAUGAGCUUGCCAGGCUGAACGAGCUGAAGCGCCAAAAUCUUCAUCUCUUCGUAGAAGAAGCGAGGUGCAAACUGCAGGAACUAUGGGAUGCACUGUACUUUUCGGAAGAAGAGAUGCUCGACUUCACGCCUGCAUUCUCGGAUGUUUGCAGUGACGCCUUACUUGCCGCUCACGAAGCAGAGAUUGCUCGACUGGAAGCGCUCAAGGAGCAACGACUGCCUACGCUUCAGAAGAUUGACCGACAUCGUGAGCUUGUGAAGGAGCGUGACGAUCUUCAAACUUCAAGCCAAGACGCGUCCCGUCUCAUGGCCCGUGGAAACAAGGGAGAACGUCGUGAUCCAGGAAAGCUUCUGCGGGAAGAGAAGAUGCGAAAGCGCAUCGCAAAGGAGUUGCCCAAGGUUGAAGCCGAGUUAAAGAAGACACUUGAGCGGUGGGAGGAUGAGUAUGGUCGUCCAUUCCUUGUCCAUGGAGAACGAUACCUUGAUGAGCUCUACGCCUCUGCAUCAAAAGCCCCGCCACCCCGGUCGAAGACUCCCUCAGUCGCACCUCAGCCCGUCAAGCCUCCAAAGUCUGCCCCUGGUAGUCGCGCCGGCACCGUGCGAGGACCCCCACCUUCGAGAGCAAAAACACCCACGGCAAGUUUCGCCGCCAGUGUGUCUCGCAAUCCGCUUGCCAGCUCCACCAUGUCUGCAGCUUCUGGAGUUAAGAGCCCCUCGAAAAUUCCCUCUCGGGCUCCUCUGAAGAAUAUGCCGCACGGAGGCAACUCACCUGAGCGCCGACCUCCGCUGGAGAGGGAAGAUUCUUCUACAAUUCGGAAGAUGCCGCCUCCACGUGCACCACCACCAAGGAUGAAGGACCUCUUUGUCCCACCAGAACCCGCUCCAACACCAGCAAAUCGCUUCGAGAUCAAUCGUGAUCGUAGCGAGAGCAUCGUACGACACGUGCCGCCAGAGGACCCAUAUGAUGACCGUCAGUAUAUGUCGCACAGCAUCCGUGCAGGUUACACGCCCCAGUUCGCGCCGCCUCCAGCCGGUAGGCAGAUCUCUCAGACGUCGUCAACUGGAACUGGUGCCACGAUGCAGUCCGGGUCUGAGAACUGGGAGACAUUCAGUGAGCAGUCUGAGGAACCGGAUCGGGACGCUGACUACUACAACUAUCGGGCCGCAGCCGCGCGGAACAAGCGAUUUACUCCUGACGGUGGGCAUCCUUCUCCGCGUGGGGUGCAUGGCAAGAAACUCAGGAGCAUACGGGGUGUCCCAGACGGCGGUGACCUCAUGAUGGAAGCCGAAGGUGGACGAAUGGUAAGGGUUGUAGAAGGCAGCGAGGCAGGAUGGACUGACGAAGAUGCCUUCUGA